AUGUCUAAAGAGCCACUCAGCGAGUGUUUCACCACUGAGCCACAAAGCGAGUGUUUCCCUGCUGUGCCACCAAGCGAGUGUUUCACCACUGUGCCACCCAGCGACUGUUUCACCACUGAGCCACAAAGCGAGUGUUUCACCGCUGUGCCACCAAGCGAAUGUUUCACCAUUACGAAACCAAACGAAUGUUUCACCACAGAGCCACCAGGCGAGUUUUUCACCACUGUGCCACCAAGCGAGUGUUUCACCACUGUGCCACCAAGCGAGUGUUUCACCACUGUGCCACCAAGCGAGUGUUUCACCACUGAGCCACCCAGCGAGUGUUUCACCACUGUGCCACCAAGCGAGUGUUUAACCACUGAGCCACCCAGCGAGUGUUGCACCACUGAGCCACCCAGCGAGUGUUUAACCACUGUGCCACCAAGCAAGUGUUUCACCACUGUGCCACGCAGCGAAUGUUUCACCACUGUGCCACCCAGCGGGUGCUUCACCACUGUGCCACCAAGCGAGUGUUUCACCACUGUGUCACCAAACGAGUGUUUCACCACUGUGCCACCCAGGGAUUGUUUCACCACUGAGCCACCCAGCGAGUGUUUCACCACUGAGCCACCAAGCGAUGAGCCACCCAGCGAUUAUUUCACCACUGUGCCACCCAGCGAAUGUUUCACCACUGAGCCGCCCAGCGAAUGUUUCACCACUGUGCCAAUCAGCGAGUGUUUCACCACUGAGCCACCCUGGGAUUGUUUCACCACUGUGCCACCCAGCGAGUGUUUCACCACUGUGCCACCAAGCAAGUGUUUCACCACUGAGCCACCCAGCGAGUGUUUCACCACUGUGCCACCCAGCGAGUGUUUCACCAUUGUGCCACCAAGCAAGUGUUUCACCACUAUGUCACCCGGCGAGUGUUUCACCAAUGUGCCACCAAGCAAGUGUUUCACCACUGUGCCACCAAGCGAGUGUUUCACCACUGUGCCACCCAGCGAAUAUUUAACCACUGUGCCACCAAGCGAGUGUUUAACCACUUUGCCACCAAGCGAGUGUUUAACCACUGUGCCACCAAGCGAGUGUUUAACCACUGUUCCACCAAGCGAGUGCUUCACCACUGAGCCACCCAGCGAAUGCUUCACCACUGUGCCACCCAGCGAGUGUUUCACCACUGAGCCACACAGCGAGUGUUUCACCACUGAGCCACCCAGCGGGUAUUUCACCACGUUGCCGCCCAGCGAGUUUUUACCCAUUACGUCACUCAGCAAGUGUUUAACCAUCGGAAUCAGUUCAAUUAUCCAUAAAUAA